UCGAACCCGAGAUCUCUUGGUUCCGAGUCGAGCACUCUGCCGUUUCACCACACGACCCCACAAAUUGGCCAGGCAUUGUUACCCAUUUGGCUGGUAAAAAAAGAUCUUCCACAUAAGAACAAAUAGGACGUUUUAAUAUGAAAAUGUAAAACCUGAAUGAACAAUAAUGACUUACUGAGCGUAUAAUGCGGUUAGUGCUAAAUGUGUUGUGUGCGAAAGUUUGGAAGUUACUGGUAAACUAGAAAUAUAAGCAGCUAGUUCAGGGCAUCUAAAAGUAUGAGGACCGAAUUAGUUACCCGAAGCAUAACGUGUGUGUUCACUCGUACGGUUACAUGUUUCCGGUUGAAAUGCUAGCAUAAUGCUUACACAGAAUGAUAACCCAUUCCACUGUUUACAUGGCGUAUAAGACAUAUUUGCCUUAGAGUGUGUUGACGUAGGCAAGAACAGCUGUGGUUGGCUAAGUUUGAUAUGAAGCGAUCAUGUCAUAAAAGGAUAGAAGAGAAUUAAACUCGGAGUAGAUUCUUCCUACCAUUCUGUCCAGUAACAUUAGCAGGAUGUGGGCUGUUGUGUCUCUCGUGACUUUGCUGUCGCUCAAAGCUUGCGCAGGGGCGCCACACGCGCCACAAACAUAUGGUGUGGUACAUUAUGGGGAAGUCCAGCACAGAGAAUCUAAAGAUCUCUUUGUCCAUUGUGGUGACGGAACUUUCAUCCACAUUGACUACUGGUGCGACGGGCAGUACUAUCACUGCGCCAACUUUGCCGAUGAACUCAGCUGUAGCUCACAACAGACAGUGGCGUGUGGGGACGGCAACUUUGUACAGCCCAGCCAGUGGUGUGACGGACAGUACUACCACUGCCCCAACUUCGCUGACGAGCUCAGCUGCAGUGACACUGGCACUGGAACAGGCACCGGUACCGGUACGGGUACAACCGGCUCGUCCGGCCAGUGCGGACAGCAGGCCAUCUCCCCGUCCUCCAGCGGUAAGAUCUUAGGGGGAGCGCAGGCUACCGCCAACUCCUGGCCCUGGCAGGUCAGUCUACGCCUGGUAAGGGCCAACGGCAUCCACUUCUGCGGCGGGUCACUCAUCUCAGACCAAUGGGUCCUCACAGCGGCACACUGUGUACAUGAGUACUCGUCUCCCUCCUACUGGAAGAUCAAGCUGGGUCUUCACCAGGUGAACGGGGGUGCCGAACAGGAGCGGAGCGUGGCCAGGGUCAUCAAGCACGAGCAGUACCGCCACACGCCGCACCCGUAUAACGACAUCGCCCUGCUGAAGUUAGACCGGCCCGUCACCAUGUCACAGAAGGUCACCUCCAUCUGCCUACCCACCAGCAUGACACCUGACAACACCUACUGCUACGUCACCGGCUGGGGCGCAGUGGGAUACAAUUCUCAAGGUACGGAGGUGAUGGCAUCGUCAUUGAAGCAAGCCCGGGUACCGAUUAAGACCAACAGCUACUGCAGCGCUGCAUGGCAGGGCUACUAUGACUCCUCUAACAUGGUCUGCGCCGGUUAUGACUCUCUGUCACAGGGAGGAGACUCCUGUGUGGGGGAUUCCGGCGGUCCUCUGGCCUGUCCAUCCGCUGACCAGUCCAGAUGGGAGGUGACCGGUGUGGUCAGCUGGGGAGAGAACCCGUGUGGCGCCAACUACACCCCCACUCUCUACACCAGGGUCUACAACUUCCUCGGCUGGAUCAACAACAAAAUGGCGAAUAACUGAGCAUACCUUUUGCUUGGUUGCUGCAAAUACAGUAUCAAAUUUGCCGGGCAUUUAUUUUAUUCCAAUAUUUCAUGACUAGACAUGGUGACGACACACUCAAUUUUUUUCCACUUAUGUUAUGCCGCUACCAACGCAGAGGAUAAGUACAACACUUGAGUUAAGUAAGGAAAGUCGUGUGAAGUGCCUUUCCCAAGGGCACAAGAUC